AAAAUUGCGACUUCCGUUUCCUUCUUCAUUGAACACACUCAUUUAUGUGCUGACUCAACUGUGUAAGCAACCGAAGGUUCAAAAACAAAGACGACUCCAGUCAUGCGGGUUCUUCUACUGUUGGCGAUGACGGCGCUUUCGUUCAGCCCGAUGUUAGUCCGCGGAUCCGAGAAGAAGAAGCUGCAGAUUGGCAUCAAGAAGCGAGUGGACAACUGCUCCGUGAGAUCACGCAACGGAGACGUGCUAAACAUGCACUACACUGGCAAGCUGGAGGACGGCACCGAGUUUGACAGCAGCAUUCCCAGCGGCCGACCCUUCACCUUCACACUGGGAAGCGGUCAAGUGAUCAAAGGUUGGGACCAGGGCCUGCUCGGGAUGUGCGAGGGAGAAAAGAGGAAGCUGGUCAUCCCCGCCGAGCUGGGCUACGGAGACCGAGGAGCGCCGCCGAAGAUCCCCGGGGGUGCCACUUUGAUCUUUGAGGUUGAGCUGGUCAGCAUCGAGAGGAGAUCCGAACUUUGAUGAAAGAGGGAUGAUCAGAGGUCCUAGUGAUGCUCCUUGUGAUUGGAGACCACUAGGGACAUCAGUGAAGAAGACAUGACAAAUUUGGGAUGGGACUCUUCCAGCAGCAGAGCUACUACUGAUGCAUAAUGUCCUGUUUUACAGGAUCCAGGUUGCUAAAAUAAGAACUAAAACGCAACAAUAAAGACAAAAACUGCAGCAUUCCAAAUAAAUACACAUUUUUAUUUUUCCGUUA